UUUAGCUCGGUAUCUUGGCGGCAUAAGCACUAAACCUCAACGGUCCCGAGAUGGGGAAUUCCCGAAGCCAAGAUUGCUGAAGGACCAAUGGCGCGAUCGUGGCUAUGGCGCCUAUUCAGAAUCAGACAUUGCACGCGAGGGAGCCUUAACCCCUGAUUCUGCCUUGUUGAUGGUUCACACCCUUCGUUUUACAAUGUCUGUCGCGGACUAUCCCGGAUCUUUGGAGUUGAUUCAUGACACAGUCUUCACAGGCAUACAUCCGACAUGCCUCGAGGGAUACACAACCCGCUGCCUGCUUCUUUGCGCAGCGAGUGCGAAAAAGCAUGUCAGAUCCUUGAAUCCUUCGUGAAUGCACGAAACUUCGGCAACCCUGGGAAAGAGCUCCCAGCUAAAGUGCUUGCCAAUGCCAAGGGACUGGCAAUAUGCACAGUAGCCAAAGCCGGAAUGCUUGGAUCCGCCCGGUUCGGGUCCGGGCUCGUGAUCGCACGGUUGGACAACGGCAGCUGGUCUGGCCCGUCCGCGAUUUCGCUGGCCGGAGUCGGAUUCGGCGGCCAAUUCGGAUUCGAAUUGACCGAUUUCGUCUUUAUUCUCGAUGAUGCCGCGCUUCGCUCCUUCUUGCGAAUGGGGAGUUUAACCUUAGGCGCAAACAUUUCGAUCGCCUUUGGGCCCGUGGGCAGAAAUGCCGAAUUCGCUGGGAAUGCUAAUUUGGAUGGAGUCGCGAUGAUGUACGCGUAUUCGAAGACCAAAGGGUUAUUCGGAGGGGUCAGCGUGGAAGGGGGUCUGUUGGUGGAACGAAGGUCCGCAAAUAAAAAGCUCUAUAACUGCAAGGCCACUGCGAGUCAGUUGCUCAGUGGGGAGAUCCCCCCGCCAGCCGAGGCUGCGUCCCUUCUGCGCAUCUUAGAGUCACCCAGAUUCCAGGGGGAGGCCACGAUGGCCCCUUCAGAACCAAAUACUCCAAAUACACGAAGUCUGGGGACAGAUCCUCAGGGGUUGGAGUUGCAUACAGGAGCUGAACAUCAGCCACCGGUGGAAUUGCCCCCGGAUGGAGGGCAGCCAAAUUCUCGUCAUUUCCCGGCCGAGCUGCAUGCUGAAUCAAGUGUCUCACUGCCCGCAGAACUACCAGUGGAAACAAUCAUACAUGUGCCCGAUGAACCGACGGUGACGCACACCACUGGAGAAGAGGAUAGACCCCAAAACCACACCCCACCACCGGCUGAAAUAAAGCAAAAGCCGCAUGCUGCAUUGUUUUCUGAGUCAAUCCCUUCGGAAUCGCAGACGGAACCCAGAGCAGACACGUCUGAAAAAGCGAAAAGCGCACCUGCCGUUGAAGCGACUGCUCGUGACGCGCCCUUACAGAAUGUCUAAGUCACUAUUGGGGCGAGUAGGAAAUUGCAUGGGGCGCCUAUUAUACCGACCUACUGGCAUAGAAAUCAAGGAAUUGGGAAUUCAUCAAGAUAAAAUGGAUAUAUAAUGAUAAAUAAUAAAUAAUGAUUCCCUUCAAAAGUAGCUUGAUCUUAAU